AUGUAUGUAAAAAUAGAAACGGAACGUUUAACAUUCAUUAGGUUGAACCAAGCCAAACUGCGUUCUGAGGAGUACAUCCAUUUACGUGAUGCAGUUAGUACUGAAGGAAAUGCAGCCAAUAUUGGUCAAUUAACUAUUCUGCCGGCGACAUAUAUUGGUAGUCCACGUCAUAUGCAUGAAUAUGCACAAGAUGCAAUGACAUAUGUUCGUCAUUACGGUCGGCCCGAUCUCUUUAUUACUUUUACCUGUAAUCCAAAAUGGGUAGAAAUUACUCAAUUGCUGCUUCCAGGACAAACGUCAAGUGAUAUCACAGCACGUAUAUUCAGGCAAAAAAUUCGGUUCCUGAUGAACUUUAUUGUUAAACAACGCGUCUUUGGAGAUACUCGGUGCUGGAUGUAUUCAAUCGAAUGGCAAAAGCGAGGCCUGCCGCAUGCACACAUUCUUAUUUGGUUAGUGGAAAGAAUUCAGCCUGACCAAAUAGAUGAUAUCAUAUGUGCCGAGAUUCCAGAUUAUGAAGUCGAUCCAGACCUACAUGAUGUUGUUACUACUAAUAUGAUUCAUGGACCGUGUGGUGCCAUCAAUCCCCAAUCACCUUGCAUGGUUGAUGGAAAGUGCUCUAAACGAUAUCCACGGAAAUUAACGGCGGAGACUGUCACUGGCAAUGAUGGUUAUCCGCUGUAUCGGCGUCGAUCACCAGAUGGCAACGGUCGAACUGUCACAACGAAAGUGAAAAGAAUGGAUUUCGUUGUCGACAACAGUUGGAUUGUUCCAUAUUCGCCACUUAUUUCUAAAUCGUUCAAGACACAUUGCAACGUUGAAUACUGCAAUUCAGUUAAGUCCAUAAAAUAUAUUUGCAAAUAUGUCACGAAAGGCAGUGAUAUGGCGGUUUUUGGAUUACAAUCCUCGAAUACCAACGAUGAAAUUUCACGCUAUCAAGUUGGUCGUUAUGUGAACUGUAAUGAAGCGAUUUGGCGUAUAUUCGCAUUUCCCAUUCACGAACGUCAUCCUACUGUUACGCAUUUGGCGGUGCAUCUGGAGAAUGGUCAACGAGUAUAUUUCACGGCUUCGAAUGCUACGCAACGUGCUGAAACACCUCCAGCAACUACAUUGACCAGUUUUUUUGCAAUCUGCCAAAGCGAUCAGUUUGCACGAACUUUGAUUUACUCGGAGAUGCCACGUUAUUAUACUUGGAAUGCUUUAUCGAAGAAUUUUCAAAGACGGAAGCAAGGCGAUGCGGUUCCUGGGUAUCCAGAUGUGCGUUCUACUGAUGCUCUUGGUCGUAUGUAUACAGUUCAUCCAAAGAAUAAUGAAUGUUUCCAUUUGCGGUUGUUGCUGGUAAAUGUGCGUGGGCCAACGUCAUUUGAGUCACUACGAACUGUUAAUGGUGUAAUAUACCCAACAUAUCGUGCUGCAUGUGAAGAAUUGAAGUUAUUAGAAAACGAUAGUCAUUAG